ACCGAGCCUGUUAUUACAUCCAUCACAACAGCUCGCAGACGCAGCCCAGCGUCGAGUCCAACUCACCGCGUGCCUGUAGCACCUGUGCACAACUUUCGCUGGAGUCUGUGUGCGUGAGCGCGCGCCAGAGUUACAGCAUGCUCCGCGCUUGGCAAUUACGCUCCAACCACGUUUACUCGGCUUCUAUUUAAAUGCGCUGAACGGGGUUUUCUAUAUUUUUCGUUUUUAUUUUUUUGGAAAGACGUCGUUUCUCAGCUAAUGCGAGACCCUCGCCGUCUUCGGAACGAUGUGGACCUUACACGACAGUGUUGGAUUGGUUUUCUUUUCCUGUUUGUCCAUCCAAAUCGGAUUUUCUCUGCAAGGAAAGUUUACGGAUCUGCCUUCCAACAUUACUGCGAGAGAGGGACAGAACAUUGAAAUGGCUUGUGCCUUUCAAAGUGGGACAUCUUCUGUUUACUUGGAGAUUCAGUGGUGGUUCAUACGAGCUCCUGAGGAACCGAGUACGAGCGAGGAGGAUGAGGAGGAGACGGAGAUGGAGCUGAUACCAGAGCCUGACCCUGAUGAUGAAGGAACUAAAAUAAGUACAGUCAAGGUCCAAGGCAAUGACAUUUCCCACAAACUACAAAUCUCACGCGUGAGCAAGAGUGACGAGGGGCUGUACGAGUGCCGAGUCACCGAUGCCAACUACGGAGAACUGAAGGAGUACAAAGCGCAGGCCUAUCUGAAGGUCAACGCCACAGCCCGCAGAGGACUCAUCAAGAAGACGUCGCCCCUGCACCUGACGGAUAAGAAACCCCGUAAGAGCAGCUCAGCUUUGGGCCAAGACAGCAACGGCAUGAGUUCAGACCAGCGCUCCCAGUCCACCUCUACCUCCCAAUCUUCACAGUCAAAAACAGUCAAACACAGCGCAGGGUCAGGUACCAGGAUAGCUACGAGCUAUGGACUUGCUAUCCUGCUUUUUGCUAGUGGCUGCGUGAGGGGAGCUUUGCUAUAGUGGGUGACUCUUUUUUUUCCAGUUCUACUGUUCUUUAAGCAAACAGAAGAAAAAAAAAUAUCACUUGCUCUUUCCAUGGAGUGGAUGGCACAGUUGUCCCUUACAUGAAACCAAUAUUUGCACCCAAAAUGUUAUUAUUCUCUUCACCAGAAUCACUCUUUUUCAAAAGCCUUGGAGGAUAAGACUUAAGUCUUCUUGGACAUGUGCUUCGUGCUCCAGAUGAUAAAAACACAACAUGGACGCAAAGAAUUAUGGGCUACCUUUCACCCAUAUACUAUUAUCAAUUUUGUUGUAUUUUUUUCUGUUUAUAUCUAGCUGUGAAUUUAAUAUGACAUGCUCUAAAGUUCGGGAAGAAUUUAUAUUUGUGUAAUAUAUAAAUAUAUACAUACAGAUGCAUAUAUAAGGAUUUGAUUUUAAACCUUCUUGGACUCUGUACAGCUUGCAUUCAUUCUGGAAUACUAUGUGUGCAAGGACACUGAAGAAAACAUGAACAUAACAGCACUGGCAUUUAAGUAAAUAUUGUGGCUGGAUAAGUAAUGGAGUUCUGCUUAACUGUGUGAUGUUCUAAGCUGUUUAAUCUGCUUUGAGGUUUCCUGACUUUAUUUGAUGCAGAUUGUCCUUCUUGCUAAAAUGCACAUGCCAUUCUUUGUUGUUGUAGGGUUUUUUGAUUUGAUUUGUUUUUUAGUUUUGCAUAAUAAAUGUGAGCUUAUUUCUGUUA